UUCUAUACUACUUGUGUGACUACAUCUAGGAUUGGGGUAUGCGAGGUUGGUGAUAUAUGUCCUGAGAAGUGAUAGGGGCAUAGACAGCUUUCCACAAUGCGUUAAACGAGUUUGUUGUCUCAGUUUCUUUCAUCACCGUCGAUAUUUUCACCCAUCCCCAUGCCACAGUUAACCGUUACCAUCUCGCCCUCCAUUGCGGAGAUGACGAGAAGCACUGCAGAAUUGGCAUUCACUUCAACUUUAAACUCUGCUCCCGAUCUUCGAAUUGAUGUGGAUUCGUUGGCGUACAUGGGUCCUCAUUCUAUCGUGUACCGUGCAAAUCUGGCAGGCCUGAACGUUGUUCUCAAAUUUUCCACCAACGAGCAGUCUUUCGAGGAUCUCACCCGCGAGGCGGACGUCUAUCAAGGUCCUCUUGCCCCUGUCCAAGGCUCUCUGAUACCCCGUUUUCAUGGCUACUACAAGAACGAACGUCAGGGCUGUUUGAUCUUGGAGGACUGUGGAAAACCGGCAGCAUAUCUCAGUUUUUCAGAGCUUUCGAGGGAGGAACGGAAGAAAAUCCUUCACGUCCUCACAGAGUUUCAUCGUCUCACGGGCCUUCAUCCCGAUGACUUUGCCGAGCGGAAUGUUGUCUGUAUGGACGGAAAAUAUAAGCUCAUUGACUUCCACGAACUCAUCGAACACGAAUGUCACCCUGGACUUGUAGUUCAGAUGAGAUGGCCCACCGACAUGGUGUGCACCCAUCUUUCAGUCGCGGUCAUCGACAUGGAUCUCCUCCCGGAUGACAGUACGUCUGCUCGCACGUAUCCUGUCUUAGCUAACCAUGCACGUUUCAGUCAAAUAUCCGCUGGUUACUAUCGGCAAUGUGCCGUAUCUUGCCCGGAACUACCCUCCCAAGCACAUCAUCGAUGCACUACUACCUGACUGGUAUGACCCUAAUCUAUGGUUGUCCACCAACAAGAUGCUGGAAUGGCUCGGAAAUGUCCAGAGGGACUAUAGAAACGGCCGUG